AUGACCAGCCUCAUAUCUUCGGUCGCUUGGGUGCGCCGAGGAGUCACAGUACGACACCCUACAAAGUAUGUCCUCGAUGAUCAAGAGCUAGAACGCGUGAGCGCGCUCGCACGGAUAGAGCUCGAAGAUGCGCGCGCAGAGCUGGAGAAGGCGCACGCGGCAGCGCAGUCCAUGGGGAAAGGCGCGGAGGGGGUUGAAGCGGACGAUCUGGAUGAAGACGACGAGAACGCCUGGGUCGAUGAAGAUGAGGAUGCGAUGGUCCAAGACGUCCCUAUGGACGAAGACGGCGCCUCAAAACCUAAGGGAUCGAGUUCCAAAGGCGACGAUCUCGCGCAGUAUAAUCUCGACGAUUACGACGAAGAUGAAGCUAUGCCAGGAAUGGGUCCCUUCAGUAACAUUAAAGGCCUCACCUUCUAUCGAAAUAACGACGAAGACCCAUACAUCACACUAAAAGAAGACGAUGAAGAACAAGAGCGGGAAGAGCUCGAGAUCCUCCCCACAGACAACCUCCUCGUGGUCGCCAAAACCGAAGACGAGAUCUCUCAGCUCGAGAUCUACGUCUACGACGAGAACGAAGAGAACCUGUACGCCCACCACGACCUCAUGCUCCCCUCCUUCCCCCUGUGCCUCGAAUGGCUCGACUUCGCCGCCGCCUCCUCCUCCACUCGCUCCUCCUCCUCCGCAGACCCUUUCCAACAGUUUGGCAACUUCAUCGCCGUCGGCACGCUCGAGCCCGAGAUCGAGAUCUGGUCGCUCGACACCGUCGAGGCCAUGUACCCCGACUGCGUCCUCGGCCGCCCCGACAAGACCGCCGCGCACGUCCCAACGCCGCUGGGGACGGGCAAGAAGAAGCGCAAGAAGACCAAAGCGCGGCCCGCGAGCGCCGCGCACCACGUCGACGCCGUUCUCAGCCUCUCCUGGAACCGCACGCACCGGAACCUGCUCGCGAGCGCGAGCGCGGACCGCACCGUCAAGCUCUGGGACCUCAACCGCAGCCCGACCGGCGAGGGCGAGGGCGCGGGCGCGCUGCGGAGCUUCGACGUCCACAAGGACAAGGUGCAGGCCGUGCAGUGGAACCCGGCGGAGCCGACCGUGCUCCUCACCGGCAGCUACGACCGCACCGUGCGCACGUUCGACUCGCGCGCGCCGGAGGCGGGGGUCGGCGCCGUCGUCGGCGCGGACGUCGAGGCGCUCCGCUGGGACCCUUGGGAGCCGCACGGGUUCUACGUUUCGCUCGAGAACGGCCUCGUGCUCAACUUCGACGCCCGCGCGCUCCCCUCCGACCUCGACGCCCCGUCGCCCGCGCGGUUCACCGUCUCGGCGCACGACGGUGCGGUGUCCGCGCUCGACGUGAACCCGCACGUCCGCGGCGUGCUCGCGACGGGCGGCACGGACAAGGUCGUCAAGGUCUGGAACAUCGCCGACGACCCGGACACGGGGAAGCGCGGCGUCAGCCUCGUCACCUCGCGCGAUCUCGGCGUGGGCAAGGUGUUCUCGACUUCGUGGUCUCCCGACGAGCCUCUCACUCUUGCCGCGGCGGGCUCGAAAGCUCGGGUGCAAGUGUGGGAUGUUGGCGCAAACGCGGGCGCGCGCAAGGUGCUUGGUGCCAAGCUCGCAGAAGCGGGCCGCAACGUCAAGGAGAAGCAAAAUGGCGGCGUGAUCGGCGUCGCCAGCGAUGACGAGGAUAGCAGUGGGGACGAGGACGACGAGUGA